ACUUCUCUAAUUUAUUUUUAAAGUUAAUGAUUAACGAUAAUUCAGGAAUUCAUCCAUUCAGUACCAAAAGCGCCAAGAGCGAAGAUUUAGUAUGUGAGCCCAAGGAACCUGUUCUGAAAUCAAAGGAUAUACCUGGACCCAAGUCAAUAGCUUUAAAAAAGAAACUAGAAACUAUUCAGGCGGCUGGAACCGUUGAAUUUUUUGCUGAUUAUGGAAAAUCUUUUGGAAAUUAUAUAUGUGAUGUGGAUGGAAAUAUGAUUCUUGAUAUUUUCACACAAAAAUCGACGCUACCCUUGGGCUACAAUCAUCCAAAGCUGCUUAAAGUAUUUCAAAAUGAGCAAAAUUUAAAAGCUUUGAUCAAUAGACCUGCUUUGGGUAUUACUCCUGGAAAGGAUUGGCCGGAUAGGCUGUCCAGUGUGUUGCAAUCUGUAGCUCCUAAAGGACUCUCCAAAAUAACUUCUAUGAUGUGUAGUUCAUGUUCCAAUGAAAAUGCCUACAAAGCAAUAUUCAUCUGGUACCAGAAUAAGCUUCGCGGCGACAGUUGCCCUUCUGAAGAAGAAAAGAAAUCGGCCAUGCAGAAUAAACCCCCAGGAUCUGCCAAUUUAAGCAUCCUUUCAUUCAAAGGUGGUUCCCAUGGAAAUACUUUGGGGACCCUCUCAACAUCCCAUACGAACUAUAUCCGUAAACUUGAUUACCCAGCCUUUGAGUGGCCUGUGGCAAGGUUUCCCAAAUACAAGUAUCCACUUGAUAAGAAUCAGGCCUUUAACAAGAAGGAGGACAAAGAUCGUCUCCGAGAAGUGAAGGAACUUGUUGGGAGCUCUGCUUGCAAGUGUCCAGUCGCAGGGAUUAUUGUGGAGCCAAUUCAAUGCGAGGGAGGCGACAAUGAAGCCUCGGAAGAAUUCUUCAAAGGCCUCCAGACGAUCUGCAAGGAAAAAGAAAUAGCCUUUUUGGUGGAUGAAGUUCAAACGGGCGGUGGUAUCACUGGGAAGUUCUGGUGCCAUGAACACUUCAAUUUAGAGGGGCCCCCGGAUCUGGUAACGUUUAGCAAAAAGUUACAAAUGGGUGGUUUCUUUCACAAGGACGAAUUUGUCGCCAAGGAGCCAUACAGGAUUUUCAAUACCUGGAUGGGAGAUCCUUCAAAAUUGUUGCUCCUAGAAGAAAUCAUACAUGUUAUUGAGGAAGAGAAGCUGUUGGAAAAUGUCAAUCAGACUGGAGCCUAUUUCAAAGAAGGAUUGAUGAGUAUCGAGAAGGAAUUUAAGGACUUGCUGCAUUCAACUCGCGGAAGAGGCUUCUUCUUGGCCAUAACCUGUGCCAAUGCAGCAACGCGAGACAAAAUUGUUGUCACCCUAAAGAGGGUGGGAAUCCAAGUUGGGAUUUCUGGGGAAAGUUCGAUUCGAUUUCGGCCAGCCUUAAUUUUCAAAAAAGAACAUGUCGACGUGUUUCUAGAUCGUUUUCGUAAAGUUUUAAAAUGCCUUUAACUUAAUAAUUCCCCAAGUUUAUCGAAAUAUCCAAAAUAAAAUGACGCCCUGACUUGAA